AUGGCUCUUUACACACCACUACCGUGCAAUGUCCGACACGGCUUGGCCAGCAUCAGCGGCUCUCUGUUCAUCCAAAACAAAACAAGGGACAGUGGAGAAGGACAGUCAUAUUACACAGGUCAUGAUGUGGCAGCAAACCUUCCUCUUCAGAUGUUGUUAUAUUUUAACUCUUUGUUCUUUCCUUUCUGGUUUAUAUCUGAGAUCCUAAUUCUGGAACUUAAGUAUCCCCUGUUAUCAGGUCAUUAUCAGUUCCUGUUGAUUGCGUCUUUGACGAUAAUUACAUUAAUAGAAAGCUUAAGGCUGUACCUUGGAUAUAUUGGAAAUUUACAUGAGAAGGUACCAGAACUGGCUGGGUUCCUGCUGUUGACCUUUCUAAUACAGGUCAUAUGCGCCAGCCCUCGCAGCCGCUGGCCAACCACAAGAUAAGUUACCUCUAACCACGCCCCUGACAUAACAUCUUCACAAUAUAAACCGCAUCUAGUCGCCAUUUUUAAAGUGGGC